AUGGAUUGUUAUGAUGGUGAUGAUCAUCAUCAGCUGGCUUCUUUGCCAAGAUUUGUUGGAUUGGCGUUGGUUGGCAACCCCCAACUCAAGUGCUUGUCAAGUAACGUCUGGAACAUGGUCUCUCAAACGCUCAUUCUCGGAGAUUGCCCGUCGAUUGAAAGUUUGCCGGAAAUCUCACAGCCUGUGACUGGCUUAACUGUGCUUUCUAUAAAAGGAUGUCGCAACCUGAAAAUAUUUCCAACCGGCAUCAACAAUCUGAAAUAUUUGCAGAUCCUCGUUUUUGUUGGCACGGAUAUUGAGUCCCUGCCUUCGGCUAUUGUGGAACUUGACCAGCUCUCCCAUUUAGAGUUGGGUUCCAACAAAAGCUUAGAGUUCGUCCCGAGCGACAUCCAUAAGCUUAUCAAGUUAUCCUACUUGUCAUUGGCGGACUGUUCGAGGAUUAAAUAUUUGCCAGAACUCCCACCCAAUCUUCUAACUUUGGUUUGUGUUCUUCAACAUUCCGGGAGUGAAAUUCCAAGGUGGUUUGCUUACAGAAGCCCGAAUUAUGCAAGUGAUUCAUGUCCGAUGCUGCAAUUGACUCUUUCUGACUGCACUACUAAGCGGCUAAUCAAAGGGAUUGCAUUUGGAAUGGUGUGUUCUUCAAAUGUUGGGUUUGUCGAUAUAUCUAUCGCUUGCGUUUGCACUACCACUCCUGUAUAUUGGAGAUCUCCCAAUUUUGGUUUUGGUGGGGCCUCCCAAUCAGAUAACGUAUAUAUGUGGUACGACAAGAACCUGUUAGGUACGACCCUGGAAGGAAUACAAGAUGAAGCAAAACCUUGGUAUGAGAGAGAUGCUGGCCUCACUGUUACCUUCAUAUUUUUCCUUCAGCCAGUCAAGAAAGAAUAUGCCAAGAAUGUAAAGAGAAUCAAAAUCAAAAGUGUUGGCGUCUCUCUAUUGGACUAA